UAUUUUUAAAAUAUACUGCAGAUGCAAACUGAUCUAGUGGUUGAAGACCAACUAAUUAUCUCUCACUUGAAAGCUACAAGCGACAGACGAACAGAGAUCGAAAAUGGAUCCGGGGAUGUUUUCUCUGAAUAACAGAGAAGAGUCUGAUAACACUCAGUCAGGCUCUCCACAUAACCAUCAACUGUUUCCUGCCUCACACAAGGAACAGUGUCGUCCAUCAGAACUGUAUCAAUUGAUGCCUCCGAGGCCUUUUACAGUAGCAGAGAUGCUCCAGAGGAAGGCCAAGCCUGGCCCACGAGCAGACACGCUGCCUCGGGUACAAAUGGAGCCAAACGUUCAGUGUGUGCACCAUGUGACCCCGAGCCGGACCGGCCCCGUCCCUCCUCAGGACCGCUCCUCUGUCUUAAACGUCACGCCACUCGUACCAGAGCUCAUAGUGUCCCCCUGCUCUCCUCAAGACCCUUUCGGUCCCUAUGUCCUGGUCCCCUUCAGCAGCCCCUGCUCCCCUCCCGGGUCCUGGCUGCUGGUGCCGGGGGCUCGGCCCGGAUGGUGCCUGUGUUCCGUCCAUCAGCCCUGCAGUCCAGACCCGUGAGAGACAUAUGAGCAGGUGAUAUUAUCUCAUGGUCGAUGUGAUUACUGUGCCUGACUUCACCAUCUCAAACCUCAGGAUUGUCCCGAGACGGGCGGCUUGGCAGGUCGGCGAGCAGUUCACAGCGGAGCGUGCAGCGUCAGGGAGAGAGCAGACUGGAGAGCAGGCGGGGUCAGGAGGUCAGAGGUCAAGGAGCUGUAUGGAAGUGCAAGGAGCUCUUUCGCUGUCUUUCCUCUUAGAAGAAGAAAAAGAAAACAACACAGAUGAUGAAAGAACAAGGCCUGAGGUUUGUCCUGGAUCUGCACUGUAUCUGCAAUCACUGGCAGACUGUACCUUCGAGGGAUACAUGAAGACGAAAAACUCCAUCAGUCCCAAGGGCGUCUCGGAGGCCACAGAGGGAGAAAAUGAGGAGAACCUGGAGCAAAACGCCUCGUUUCUGGAGUAUCUGGAUCAGCUGUGCAGUGAUAAGAACUUUUUCAGAGAGGUGGAGUCGAUGCUGAGUAAAGAGUUCCUGGAUUUCCUGCUUUCUGCAGAAGCGGAGCUCCCCGACCUCCUCGCACUGGAAAAACAAGCGCAAGAGAGUCUGAAGGUGAUCCAGCUGCCACAUGUGUCCUCUGACUCCAACAGCGUCUCUCCUGCAGCGCUCCAACUGGCUCCGCCGCAAUCUGACACGAAGACAAACCACGAUGCUCCUCGGGGGAGAACUGGACCACAGGAGGGCUGGACUCCUGGUUCCCCCCUCCUCACUUCAGUCCUCCAAGAAGAAGCACUCCCGACCGCUGAUGCUACGCCUCCUUUUGACAAAAACGGCUCACUUUUCAUGGACUUCACUUCAUCUCUGCAGUUUCCUGCCCCAAACACAAGUUGCAUUUCUGCUUUGGAGGCACAGUCAGCCACGAAGCUUCAGAAAGGACUUCUAGAGUCCAUUGAGCACCCUUUACAGGAUCAUGCACCAAGUUUAAGAGGUGAUUUCAGCCCACGACAGUCCGUCGGCCUUCCAGCUCUGAGUGUCCUGGCUUUGAGAAGACUUUAUCACCCACUGCCUCUGAUAAGGAAGCCUGAGGAGCUGCACAGCCCCAAAACUAUAAAUUCUGCUCCAGCCAAUUGGUCUUUCAUGGCAGAUUCCCAUGCAGACUCUUUGGAUCCCUCAGUUGAAAGCAAUUUAUCACACUAUGCAUCUGUAAAACAGACAGUUUUGCAGACAGCAUUUGGAGCUUCUGAAUCUUCUGAACUCCAGGCUGAAACUGUUGCAGAGAUGCAAACAGAAGAAAAGAAGGAAAAGCCCAAGAGAACGACAAAUAUCAGACGCAGUCAGAGGCUGUCGGAUCAAAUUGAAAAAGCAAAAGCAAGACUGAGUGGUGCAUUGAUAACAGAGAGAGAAAAUGAGAGGAAAUCAAGUGAAAAGAGAGUUAAGAAGACGACAAUAUUGACCCCAGAGAGGGAGACACAGAAGAGACGGCCCUUUAGGGGAAGGCGAUUAUUUACAACAGAGGAGAAUCAUUUUGAAGAGGCCGAAAAAGCAGCUAAUACAGCCGAGCAGUUUUUACACACUGGAGAUGAGGAGGCGUCUCAAAAGCUCACAGGGGAGAUGCAGAAACAGGAGGAGGAGGAACACAACGACCCCAGUCUGAGCUCUGAACCCGGGGCAGAAAAUGAUGAGAAAAACUUUAAUUUUGCAGGUUGCAACACUAAUGAGAACAAGGUUUCUGCACCUGAAUGUCCUCCGCAGAGCCCAAAAGUUCAGACAGAUACUCGUUCAACUAAAGACUCACAAAAGGAGGCAAAAAAUGAGUCAUCUACUGUGAAAACCUGUGAGAAAAAUACAGAUUUGACUAGUCCAGAGAGCAAACGACAAAGAAAAACCGCAGCGUUACGUGAAGGUGAAGGGGAGAGUGAAGUCACUGGAAACAAAACUUUGUAUUUUUACAGUUUAAGGCCAAAAAGGACAGUUAAUAUUAGGACAGGGGUUCAGGAAGCAACAUAUAAACCAUCUAACUCCAAACUACCAGCAGGUGGAAGAGAUGGAGGUGAAGGAAUAAAUGGAGAAGAGGAAAGUGUUGCAUUGAGUCCGAUGAAAAGAUGCCGAAAUGAGCGCGAGACGAGGGUCAAGGAGGAAGUAGAAACUAAAAUGAACAGUUUGAGUCCGGUGAAAAGAGGAAGGUGGAAGAGCAGAGCGGAAGGAGAGGAAAAGCAAAAGUUGGCGGUAAAUGAGAAAGGUGAAAAGAGAUUUGUAAAAACACCUGCAGCCCAACGUUUCCAUGUAGGAAAACCUAAAAGUUACCUACAAAGUAUGAAUUAUUUCUUUCGUGCAAAAUAAACGCACACGAACAGCCAGUAAGAAGAAUAAGAAGUGUCAGGAAGCUGAUUAACCCACGCAGCACAACCUCCGUAAAAUAAUUCACAGUUUAAUUGAUUCUUACAUGUAAAAUAAAGUCACUGAAAAAUGGAAGAAUUCAUUUGUAUAAAAUAAACUUUUUUUGAUUUA